UAAAAUAAGUGAGCAAAUAUAUUAGAGAUAUUGCAAAUCAUUCACUCUCCUAACACCUGGUUUUGGAAUAAAGCCUUGUGGUGUCCAAAUUGAAUCUUAAGCAGCAUGCUAAAUGAUGAUGAUGCCGAAUAUUCUCCUCCAGAAUCCAUGGCAGAGGCUUUUGGCAUGAGAAAAAAAGGCAUGAACAGAAGAAGGUUCAGUGAAGAGCAGAUCAAAUCAUUGGAGUCAAUUUUCGAGUCUGAGUCAAGGCUUGAGCCCAGAAAGAAGUUGCAGCUAGCGGGAGAGCUGGGGUUGCAUCCACGCCAGGUUGCAAUAUGGUUUCAAAACAAGAGAGCUAGAUGGAAGUCAAAGCAGCUUGAACAAGACUACAGCGUUUUACGAGCUAAUUACAACACUCUAGUUUCCCGGUUUGAAGCUCUUAAGAAGGAAAAGCAAGCUUUGGCUAUACAGUUGCAGAAGCUAAAUGAUCUCGUGCAGAGGUCCAUGGAGGAAACUGAGAGCUGCAGGGGAGGUCUCUCCUUAGAAACUAUUGAUGGCAAGUCUGAGAAUGGCCACAGAACAAAGUAUGAGUCUGAAGUAAAACCUUGUGUGUCAGCUGAGGAGAAAUCAGAACAUGAACUAGAGGUUCUUUCCAACUAUGGUAGUGGCACAAAGGAAGCCUAUCUUGGAUUAGAAGAGCCCCAGUUCAGGGAACCUGCUCAGGGCUCCUUGAUAUCAACACCAAAUUGGAGCAAUUUAGAGUCUGAAGGGCUUUUCAGUCAGUCCAAUACCAAUGGCCAGUGGUGGGACUUCUGGUCGUGAAAAGUAGAAACACAAAAAAAAAAAAAAAAAAAAACCAUAAAGGAUUUGUAAACAAAUAAAAUUCCAAUCUUUUUUUUUUAAAUAGAGCAUCCUAGCAAUGAUUUCGGCUCAAAGGAUGAGGAACAGUUCAGAGCAUAACGUCUUCUAUCAAGGAUAGCAAUGAUUGUAAUGUGGUUGUUUCAAGCACUGAUGCUCCAAAAUUCACCAUAACUUCAGAUGGAAGUCAGAAAAUGUUCUUUGUAUAACCAAAAAAUUCGGUGAGCAACGCUAGGAAAUACCACCGGCAAAGAGUGCUGCCUUGGAAAACUGAAACAAUAUGCUCAUAUGCAGACAGGGGUGCAGUCUGGAGUGCUUGCAGUGUGUGAGAGUUCCUUUCUUCUUCUGUUUUCUUUUCUUUUUUCUCUUCCCUUUUCGUUGUUGGUUGGUUGGGGAUAGGGAUGGGGGGUGACUAUGCAACUCUAUCUUCAUAUGCUCAGUUAUGAACUAGAAGUGGUGCUCACUUUACACAAAGAUUCUCAGGUUUGUGGUGCU